ACCAAAAAACGAGCUAAGAAGGCAGUUGGUAACUUUGGGAGGGGGUUGUUUGGUUGAGCGAGAAGUGUUAAGGGUGACAUAAGCUAAGUAGCACAGCAAGGAGUUACCAGAAAGUGCCUGUGGGUAUUUAAAGCGCGACAGUGGACUUGAAACACACAACGGAACAUGGUGCAGCAAACAGAACACAGUGAGACAGAGAGUAGCAGAGAAGCUACAGACACUGAGGAAAGCGAACUGAUGUCGUGUAGCCCGGUGCCACUGAAAUCCGUGAAAGCUGACUGGUGCAAGACAGCAACCGGUCACAUCAAACGACCCAUGAAUGCAUUUAUGGUGUGGUCGAAAGUCGAGAGGAGAAAGAUCAUGGAGCAGUCUCCGGACAUGCACAACGCGGAAAUCUCCAAAAGACUGGGAAAGCGGUGGAAAUUGUUGAAGGACAGUGAAAAGAUCCCAUUUAUCAGGGAAGCCGAGAGGCUCCGGCUACAACACAUGGCUGACUACCCUGACUACAAGUACCGACCCAAGAAGAAACCAAAGCUUGACAGUUCCACAAAACAAGCCGCGCAAUCACCGGAGAAGACUAACAUUAAACCUGUCAAAGCCCCGGCUAAGAAAUUCGCUAAAUUAAAAACUAUGAAGGCGGUGACAACGAGACCGUCUCACGACCCUCGCUAUGACUAUGUUUUCACCAGUUUUACAACUAGCAAAUCUGUAAAAAUGGAAUAUUCUGAUGAGGAUGACGACGAAGAGGACUACGAGGAGGAAGUGUUCUCUCGGAUUAAAAUGGAAGAGGACGAGGAACCAAUACCGUACAACAUCGCCAAAGUGCCGGCGAGUCCCACGCUGAGCUCCACUGCAGAGUCUGAGGGUGCGAGCAUGUACGAGGAGUCCCGGAAUGCGAACGCAGCUCCUACCAGACUGUUCUACAAUUUCAAGAACAUUACCAAGCAGAACACAAUUUGCCCUGCAUCACUCUCACCAGCAUCUUCAUUCAGGUCGGUCUCCACCUCGUCCAGUUCCAGCGAAGACGCCGAUGACUUACUGGUUGACUUCAGUUUAAAUCUAGCCUCCAGUGCUCACGGAGUGGAGCUCGGGACCUCGAAUUCAGGAAAUCUGUCUCUUUCCUUGGUGGAUAAGGACUUGGACUCUUUCAGUGAGGGCAGCCUUAGCUCUCACUUUGAAUUCCCAGACUAUUGCACCCCCGAAUUGAGCGAAAUGAUCGCAGGCGAUUGGCUUGACGCUAACUUUUCAGAUUUGGUGUUUACCUACUAGCUAGCUACGUACAAAAGGGAAUCAUUCUCUAGUAGUAGCGGGAACAGUGUUAUAUCAGUUUCCUCUCCAGACCUGUGUGCUACCAUGUAGGCAAGGAGAGGGUCCUCAAUGAACUGAAACAAAUUCGUUACAAUGCGGUACUAUUGCAAAAAAAACAAAAAACGGUGACAUUAAUUUGUCACCAUGACUGGUUUUAUGGAUUUCCCUCGGAUCUGCAGUGAAACUGCUCAAAUUUAAAAGCGGACCACAGUAGACUCUGAACUAUGCAUUCCCAUCUCACUUGUAACCACUGGUCUGAACACGGCUGGGCUGAUCCGAGGCAAAAAUCUGAGACACUGUUCAUUCAGGAUGUAUAACUUUUUUCAAAGGUUUUAUUAUUUUCUGUAUUCCACAACUUUGUUUUAAUUAGUUCCGAUUCCCUCCUGUUAUGGAAAUACUGUAAGUAGUACGCUAAAUCUACAGGAUGCAGCAUUUUGAUACAUAACCAACACAUACCUCAUCUUUGGAAAAAUAUAUAUAUUUUCUGGCAUAUUUUUGUACAGUUAAACGAAGGGAAUGUUCUUACUGUGCUUUCAAUUGUUUGUUUAAAAAAAAAAAAAAUUCAGGCACUUGUAUCCGGUUUCAUUUAGCAUGCAAGGGUUGAAAAGAUGUCAAGUUGCAUCGACAUGCCUUGCAAUUAUUUUAAGCUAUGGUAUAUGUACAGAAGAAGUAGAGCAUAUUUGGGGUGCUUAGUGAGUUCAAUUGGAAUUGGUGACUGUGAACCUCAUUGCUGGUACUAGAUUUAAGAUUGUACAUGUUCUGUAAAAUUGUAAAAUUAGGAGUUUAUGUAUACGUGUGAAUGGGUCCCAAAUAGCAGGUAUGAAACUGGAUUUUCUUUGUAUUUUAUCUUAUUGGCACAUUUUUUUUCUCUUUAUUUUGUGCAAUAUAGGCUACUCUUAAAUGGACUGUCCACAUUUUUUUGUAGCAAAUGAAAUGCGUUACUUGUCGUCAUGCCUGAAGUCUGUAUCUUGACUAAACUGAAUAAAUCAGCUGGAACUGA